UUCAUUUAUAUGUGUUCACUGAUUGCUUUCUCUGAGUUACAGCAGAGAAAAGCUGUUAAGAUGUUCGGGCAAACCAAGAUAAUGAAACUACUGUUGCUACUUCUCCUUUCUGUUGCCUUAGUUAAAUGUCAGGGAGAUGUUUCGGACUAUGAUGAUGAUGAGGACUCUACUGCCCCACCAACGGCCGAGGGUGAAGCUGUGGAUGCACGAGGCCACAGGCCACUAAACAAAAAAAAGGAGACACUUCUACCUGUCAGACCAGCUCCUCCUCCUGCCAGCGGUGGCUUUCGAUAUCGGGCUCGGCCAACAAAACCACCUGUUGCCGGCCAAAGGAAAGUGCCAGUAGUUUACCCUGACCGGGGAGGCUGCAAACAUUUUGCACCAGAGCUGGGAGUACUGUGUCCAACUGGAUGUGUGCUGCGAACCGAACUGUUAAAACAGGAAAAGACGGUGAAACCGACUGUUCAGGAUCUGUCAGAAGCAGUGAAGCGGCUAGAGCAAUCCUCUUCAAGUAUAAAUAUUUACACCACUAUCCUGGAUGAGCGGUUAGCAAAAAGACAGAAACAACUAAAAGAUAAUGAGAAUGUAAUUUCUCAAUACAACAAGGAGAUUGAGGAUCAGUACACUUUCAUCAAAGAUAACUUAGAAAACAACAUCCCAUCUAGCCUACGAAUACUUCGUGGAGUUGUGGAUAAUUUACACAAAAAACUAAUAAAACUGGAAAAUGCCAUCACAAGCCAGUUGAUAGAAUGCCGCACUCCUUGUACUGUUUCCUGCAAUAUACCAGUGGUGUCUGGAAAAGAGUGUGAAGACAUCAUUAGGAAAGGAGGUGAAACAUCUGAGAUGUACCUCAUUCAACCUGAUCCUUUCUUCAAACCAUACAAAGUUUAUUGUGACAUGACCACAGAAAAUGGAGGUUGGCUUCUUAUUCAGAACCGCCAAGAUGGCAGUGUUGGCUUUGGAAGAUCAUGGGAUUCAUAUAAAGGUGGAUUUGGAAAUAUUGCAUCCAGUGGUGGAAAGAACUAUUGUGACACCCCAGGUGAAUUUUGGCUUGGAAACAACAAAAUCAGUCAGCUCACCAAAAUGGGACCCACAGAACUUUUAAUCGAACUGGAAGAUUGGGCUGGUGCCAAGGGCAAAGCAUAUUAUGGAAGAUUCAGCAUUCAGAAUGAAGCAAACAAGUACCAGCUCUCAGUUAGUGACUAUAGAGGCACAGUUGGAAAUACCUUCCUAGAAGGAGCAUCGCAGCUGCAUGGUGAUAACAGAACAAUGACAAUCCAUAAUGGGAUGUUCUUCAGCACCUUUGACAGAGACAAUGAUGGAUGGAUAAACCCAGAUCCAAAAAAACAGUGUUCUAAGGAAGAUGGUGGUGGCUGGUGGUACAAUCGCUGUCAUUCAUGCAAUCUAAAUGGCAGAUUCUACUAUGGUGGACACUAUACCCCAGAUAUGGCAAAGCACGGAACAGAUGAUGGAAUUGUAUGGAUGAACUGGAAAGGGUCCUGGAUGUCACUGAAGAAAGUGAGCAUGAAAAUUAGGCCAGUCUCCCAACAAUCGUGAUUGUUUUUCAAAUAAACAAUGACAAAUUUUUAUGCUCAUAUCUGUUGCAUGAUAUGAAAACUUUACAUUUCACCAAAACAGUAAAAAACAAAGUGACUCUGACAUGUUUGUAUGAAAGAAUAAAAUUUUAUUCUUAGAACCAUUGAUUACAAAAGUCACAGAGUGAGAAAAAUAAACAAAGAAUACAAUAAAAGUACAAUAUGAGAAAACAUUUAAAAA